AUGGGAUAUAUUGCCAUGCCCCGCUCCGCCAAACCGAACGCCAAGGAAGGAAAAGCAGGAAUAGACCCCAACAAUAUUCAAUUACAACAUGGAAUAAGAUUUGAUGUGCUGGAAGAUAAAAAGGAACGAGCCCCUGUGGCCGAAGUUAGCCAAUCAACUUCUUAUUUUGAUGAUUUGGAAAAUGAAAAUAGACAGUACCAUUAUUUCGCUAUACAUGGUGAUUAUCUUGGAAGAACCCCCGAACACAGGAUUCAAGUGCCAUUUUUACCUAAUGGAAAAUUAUAUGAUAGCAAAAAA